GAAGAGCUAAGAAAGGAUGGUGGAACGCUGAACUUGAAGACUUUAACGAGAGUAAGCUCCAAGUAGUUGAGCAAUGGCCGAAAUCUCCGAAGCUCCUGGAACUUCCAACGACGCAUCCGAAGCCGCCGACAAGAAGAACAACAACUCCGAAACAUCGAACUUCGAUCCCAAAACCAUGCGAAAGACCAAACCUGGACUGAAGCGCCUCAUCCUUACCUUCACAGUUCUCUUCUCCUUCCUCUUAGGUCUGCCAUUGUUGCUGAAAACGAUAGAGAUCUACCGAUCACCACUCCCAUUCCGCGACAUCGAUUUACUGUCAACAUCAAUCGAGUCGAAUCCAUUGUUAUUCCCUUGCAAAUUCCACGCAAUUUUCGUAGGCUUCAACCACGCCACCUCAACUUCGUCCACCGCUGAUAAACUAGGGUUUUCAAUUAUUGCUCACAUGCAAAAAUUCAUUGGCGACAAUCAAGAUUGUGGAACUUGUGGUGGCAACAAUUUCACAGUCUCAGUAACAAUAGAUGCCAAUACUAAUUGCAUUCAGAGUCAGAAUGGGAAAAUCACUAGAUCAUGGCAGUGUGGAGUACUUGAUAGCUUCAAAUUUGAUGAGAAUUUGGAGAAUAGUGAUGAGGAUUUUGAUGAAUAUCUGGAGUCUGUAUUGGGAGGUCAGGAUAUAAAUAAUGGUGGGAAGGUUUAUAGUGUUGUGGUGGUAAAUUCGGAUGAGGAGAUCAGGGCCGUGGUGGGAAAGUAUCGACACGCAUGGAUUCGAGGGAGGGUUUUGGAGGAAAAUGCCUUAGAGAAGAUAGCGGAGAUUUUUGUGAAGGUUUUUGUGAAUGGUGGGAAAGAGGAAGGGGUGAUUCAUGGGGAGUUUAUGCCAGUGGGGGCUGAUGGGAGGAUUGUGCUUUCUUUCAAUUUGUUAAAUGCUGAUCCGCGUGAUUGGAUUUAUGAUUGGAAUUUUCAAGAGAUAGACGAAAUUCUAUUGGCUCCAGUUAUUGAGGCUUUGGAACCGGUAGCAAAUAUAAGUGUGGAAUCUCAGGUUUUAUACCAUACUCCAAAGUCCUCAUUUUCUUAUUGGGAUGACAAGUGGGAGAGCUAUCUUUUCAGUACCAAAGAUAUGCCUUUCUUUGUGAAUUCAAAUGAGUGGCACUUGGACACUUCCAUUGCAGCGGGUGGGCGGUCAAAAAUUCUCCAGUUUGUGGUUUAUGUACCCUCUGUGAAGGAGUGCCCUCUUCUGUUACAACUUCCUGAUGGAGAAAUUUCCAUGACAAACGGCUUUAUAUCUCCGAUGUGGGGAGGUGUUAUGGUUUGGAACCCCCCAGGCUGUUUGAGGGAUUCAGAAAGUGUAAAUCAUCUCAGGCACAAAAUUUCUCCCAAGGACCUUAACAAGGUUUUUGAAGUUUUUAUGGGGCAGUUGCGGCAACUAUUUGGUCUGAAAUCUGCUAGCCUAUAUGUUGGUGCAUCAGGCACAUACAUCCUUUUAGCCAGCAACAAAGGCUUUACAGAAUGGGAAUUGGAUUUGUUGUCGCGGCAGCACACUUGUUUUAACCUUCUUCAAUCCGGUACAACCCUUGGGUCACUUUCGCGAUUGGUCCAAUCACUUCCAAGGAUGAUUAUCAUGGAUGAGAUAGGAAAACAGGUAAAGUUUUCUCUCAAAGCUGCAAAUUUGGCUCGAAGUAAUGCCUCUGUUGGAAAUUAUGAUGCUUCAUCUGGUAUGUUCCAUCCAACUUGUAAGUUGUAAUAUGUGCAUGGUCUAAAUGAUAUCCUGUCCACAAGUUGGUGAACAAGACUUUAACAUAUUGUUUUGCUUUUCUUAGUGUAUUCAAGGCAAGCUAGAUCUUUCGCAGAAGAUGCCUUUUAUCACCCGUCCAUGAUGUCUGUCAGCUACUUCUCUUUUGAGCAUUGCUUUGCUGUCUACUCGGUUUGUUCUGCAACACUGAGGCUUGUCUAGCUUGACUAUGAGAAAUAUCAAUCAUUAAAAUGUGCAUUGGUAGGCACUAGGCAUUAAGGCCAAGUUCCUAACAAUUAAUGUAAGAUACAAUCUCCGUGUGUUUAAUGUGGAUUAUUUUCCACACGUCACCACUGUGACAGAGCAUGUGGACUAAUAAAAUUUAGCUGAUAAAUAAACCAUACGAUUCACUUGAUAAAAAAAAUCUUUAAAAUAUAGUACUUUAUGGUUUAUCCUAAGAGAGUUCAUGUUGAUUAUUUUUGAGAAUCAUAUUCAUUGGAUACAGGAUUGGAUGUCCAGUUCUAAACCGGCAUUGUGACCAUGUUUCUUUAGUAGGCACAGCACUUAAGGCGACACAAGUUUGUACUUCUGAUGGCUAUAGUCUCCACUAUCAUUUUAAACAUGCUCAGGCAGUGGAUCUGGUCAUGCACAGCACGACUGUUUGUAUGUUUUGUACCAUUACCAUGACAUGAGCAGAUCCAGUGGCAUUCUACACAUUUUUAUAUGUUUAAUUAGUUAACCACUGCAUACCUACUGCUUAUAAUGUUAAGUUCCUGAUUUUAUCUAGCCUAACUAAAAAACAUAUAGACCAGAUUUGAUCAGUCUGGUGGGGAGUGGAAAAAUGUUACAGGGAAUAGGCAAAUAAAAACAAUAGCCAUGGUCCGAGUGACCAUGCAUCCUGAGAUCUGCAAGCUGUUGCAUAUAACCUACUUGUAAAGGCAUGGUAGUGCAGAUAAUGAGUAGUUGCUCAAUGUACGUGUUCAUUUUGAAAAACCUGUAUUGAUGUACUAUCCUGAGCUACAGGUCCUUGUCUGUGGAUUGAUUCUCCUUCUUUAUCCUUUUUCUUUUGAGCAGCCCUUCUUUUUGCCUGUUUCGUUGCACGUCCUCCUAGCAGCUGUUCGAGAAUAUAGGAGAUACCAGAAAGAGAAGUCAAAGUACUUAGCAUGGAAAGCCAAAGAAGGUAGCAUCUAGAUUGGCUCACUUGGCCUGAGUUCACACAAAGCAAGGUUCGUAUAUGUUCCUGAAUGACAUAAUGGUACAGGCAAUUUAGCCAAUGUUAGGGAAGCGCCUUCUGCAUGUACGCCUCUGCUGCUGCUACUUGAAAAUCAGCUGUUGUCGCUGCAUCUCUCACAUCCCAGAACUGAUUUUAAGAUAUUACCAUUUCUUAAAGACUGUCAAAGGUCUAGAACGUUUGGGCCUCCGAGAUGAGAGCUUGUUUAAUUGUGAAUGCAUUAACAUGAUAUCACUCAUUGUAUAACAUUUGUAUUGGAUUAGAGCUUCAGCGUGGCUGUAUUAUCGUAAAUUCUCUGCUUGGCACAUUUUUGGCACCCAUAUCUAAAUUAGAAAGGACCUAUAAUUAAGGUUGGUAGUUCAGAUUUUGGCAUUGAGUAGCUCAAGCUGCAGCCCAAUAUCUGGGGAAUGUUCAUCUGAGAACUAAGGAACUAAGGGGACGUUUGGUAAUCAUUUUUGUCUUGUGUUUUGUAUUUUUGUUUUCAAUUUUUGUCAAAAAUGAAAACAAAAAUAUGUU